AGGAGCAGCAGCAGCAGCAGCAGCAGCAGCAGCAGUAGCAGUAGUAGCUGUUGUAUAAAAACUACAACCUUGCCAGUUUGCGUCCUCGGCACUUCCUGUGGAGAAGCGCCUGACUGCGAGCAGCCGGCUGGGGGCGAAGUUGGACGUGUAGUUCCGUCCUGGACCUCCAGCCUGAUUUGUAGUUAACCGGUCUGCUCCGCACAGUGGUGGGGUGAAGAGUAAAUAAGGUCAAAGGCUUGAAGCAGCUGAAUUAACUGGCAGAAGGCAUCUUUCCUUUGACCAUUAUCUCGGGAACAACAGCCACAGUGAAUAGGAGUGGGGGUGAUAUCAGCUGCCCUUUUUCCUGAUUAGACCUCUGCUGCCUAUUGGACAGGAACACACCACUAAUGUCAGCAGAGAAAAUGGAGACAGCAGCAAGUGUGUCCAAUGGAGCAGGACCUGUAUAUGAGGAAAAAGAAGACACCCUCAGUGCUGAGGAUCUGUCUGAGAUGCUGGCAGCAGGGACCAAAGAGGUUCAUGAAAAGGCUGAGAACACCCAGUUUGUGAAAGAUUUCCUCAGGGGACGCAUCCGCAAAGAGCUCUUCAAGCUUGGUGCUGUGGCACUCUACUAUACUUAUAAAGCCAUGGAGGAGGAGAUUGAAAGGAACAAAGACCACCCCCACUUUGCCCCUCUGUAUUUUCCUACAGAGCUGCACCGCCACAAGCCCCUGGCCCGUGACCUUGAGUACUUUUACGGACCUGACUGGCAGAGCCAGGUCAGCUGCUCCCAUGCCACCCAACGCUAUGUGGACCGUAUUCAUCAAGUAGGGCAGGAGGACCCAGUGCUGCUGGUGGCCCACGCUUACACCCGCUACAUGGGGGACCUGUCUGGGGGCCAGGUGCUGAAGAAGGUAGCGCAGAGAGCCAUGAAGCUGCCGCCCACAGGGGAGGGCCUGGAAUUCUAUCAUUUUGAUGCCAUCCAUAGUGCCAAAGCAUUCAAGCAGCUGUACCGUAGUCGGAUGAAUGAGCUGGAACUGGACAUGGAAAUAAAGAAGAGGCUGGUAGACGAGGCUGUCAAGGCCUUCCAGUUCAACAUGGAGGUGUUUGAGGAGUUGGAAGAGAUUGGUAAAACCAUCCAGGAGGAUGUUUUAGAUGCUGGCAUGGCUGUCCAUGGAGCAAUGGGUGGAGACAUCAGCAAGUGUCCCUACUAUGCUGCCAAAAUGGCGGCGUCGGGUGGAACAGCAUACGCCUGUCAGCUCGCCAUGGCCGUACUCCGACACCCAACAGGACAGGUCCUGUUUGCUACUUGGUUUGCUGCUCUGGCUGGAUUGGCGGCUUGGUAUAUGAUGUGAUCCAGCCGUCACCCUGUCACUCUGCUGCUGUGAGAGAGAGAGGGGAGAAACAUAGAAGUAAGGACAGUAAGGACACUAGAAAAUUCCCUCAAACUGUAGACCAUUUCAUAGUUUCCUACAAACAUUCUAAACGAGUCCAAGUUUAUUUAAUGUUACAUGUUUGCUAAUAGCUGACAGGAAAUAAACUUGGAUUUAUUUUUUGUCGAUGGAAUUCCAAUGAAAUGAUCUAUAGGACCAUUAGUAUGUCAACUCCAUCCAUCCAUACAUCAAGCUACACCUUGUCACAGUUUCUCCUCCUGUUUUUUUAUUUAUCUACCUCCCUCCAACCUGUAUUUUUCCAGUGUGUUAGGUAGUAUUUCAAGUCCUUCUGUAGCUGUUUUCUGACUUUGUCAUGGAAACAUACAUCGUGAAUAGCUAAAUAGUUGUGAAAAAUGACAUUUUCUCACAGUUUUCAAUGAAACUGCCAGAUUGAGCAUGGUGACUUUUAGAUGCCGCCCAUGCAUAAACUGUAAUUGGCUAUACAGUAAUAAAUUAAUUAACAAUGAUGAAUGGAUUAUCAAUAUUAAUUCAAGGUAUUCUUCGUAAAAACAUACUAUGCACAUGUUAUGCAUGAGUAUAAUAGCACAGUAGGUUUUUGCUGGACAAACUGCUGUGUUUAUUUUUAAUGAGGCCUUGGUGUUUUGGUAUUAAAAGAUCUUAAUUUGACCAGGGACAGGAAAUAAUGUAUGACUUAAUAAUGCAACAGUGAAACACUGGUGUAUUUGUAAAUGUAAACUUAGAAAAUGUAUCAAUGGCUUUUUUUUUAACUUCUACACAUUGAUUGCAGUUCCUUUUUAUUAAAUCCAUCAUCACAUUUCAUGAUUCAAACAUGACCUCAAAUGUUUCCAAAAAGUUCGUACUAGUGUAGAGACAAGUGAUGGGAAGCAAAAGCUUUUUUUUUUUUUUCAAAAUAUAGCACACCUACACUUUGGCAAGUGUAUGAUUAAUAAAUAUUCUUCAGAUACUUGUGAAUAUACCAGAUAUUUGAAUCUACUGAUGCAUGUUCAAACGUACUAUUGGUCUGUUUCAGAAUAGGACAUCUUGUAUUUCUAAAAAGACUGCCUGUUGUCGAUUUUAAAUACAUAACUAAGCUUAAAUAUCCAAGACGAAUGACUCAUUGAUGAUUCAGUUGUACCUGCCACAGGAGCCUAUAUUAGGACAAAGGUGUUAACAGAGGUGAUUGCAGCUGUUUUAAAGGAAAUUGUCUUUUUAUAAUAGUAAUGGUUUGUCUAAAUUCUUGUGUAUGAACUACUUCAGGUUAGGUACAUAUAGGCAGGUCAUUCAGCAGCUCUGCUCUUGUUUAUGUAUCCAUUUGUUAUGGAUAUAUCAGUAUGCAUCAUCACUAAAACUGUAAUCAUUAUUCAUAUGCUGUAUAUACUGUAGUACUGUAGUGCACAACUACUACAGUACUUCAACAUAGAUAAGGAGGAUUAUUUUGUGCUGUGUGUACUGUAUGCAGUGUAAUUUCACUGUUUUGCAAUUUAAGUUUAAUAUUUAUCCUGACACAGUAAUUAGAUGUUAUUAACUUUGCUUUAUCUUUCCAAGCAGUUUAUUUUUUUGCUUGGAUUGGUCACAGAAUACCAAAGGAAACCUGCAGAUAACCUUUCAGCUAGGGCUGAAACGAUUCCUUGAGUAACUCGAUUACUAAAAAUCAUGUUUAAUCCAUAUGAUUACAUAGAGCUCACUGUGUUUCGCACGGAUGAUUAUUACUGUCGCACAACGCGCUUACGUGGCUCAGAGCCUCUUUGGUGUGAUUUGACAGAGCGGAUUACAACAAGGAGGAAGAGAGAAAAUAGCGAGGGGCGCAAAGAAAGCGACAGAAAGUGUCCACAUAAACUCUGUACAGUGUGUCUGUUGUAAAACUGAACUAGCCUACCACAACAGCACAACGUCUAUGCUUCAGCAUCUCAGCAGAAAGCAUAACUUUACAGUCUGUGCAUCCAGUCCACAGAGCAGACCCGACACAAGGUAUAUGAAGGCUAGUAAAAAAUGUAGGCUACGUUAAUUAUGGCUAUAUGUAAUGGCUAGUUAACAACGAAAAUCCAUGUGGUGGCUAGUUAUGAUGUCCCUAAGUUAGCUAGGUGCGGUCAGUUUGUGAAAGCCUGAGCUUCAUUCAUGUUAUUAUUAGUCACAGUUCGUUUUUGCCUCCUACAAAUGCCACAAAGAAGACAGUAAAGGCUAACGUUAUGCCUGAGCUGUACUUCAGUUGAAACUUGUAGUUCUUAAGUAUAUAUAACUUUUUUUUUAAGCAAAAUGUUUUUUCUUCAUUUCAGAACAUGUUUUCUUUAAAACCCAGAAUGUAAUAUGGUAUUGAAUGCAUUGAAGGGGUUUAGUUUUGACAGAUAAUAUUAUCAUAUGCAAUUUAAGCAAUACAAAUGUAGAUUUUUCUAAAAGUGAAACCAAUUAGUUGUUAAUUUCAAGAGAUGUCUUAUUUUUUCUUUUGCAUAUUUACUAUUGCUCUUUAAUAAAGCAAAAGUAUUUCUUAUCCGAUUACUUGAUUAAUCGAUGGAACAAUCGGUAGAAUACUCAAUUACUAAAAUAAGUGAUAGCUGCAGCCCUACCUUCAACCAGGUUCCUGUCCGUUUGGAUUUGCACAACACAUUCACACACAAAUGGAUGUACAGUAUUCCUUCAUUAGCAAACCUAAUUCAGGAUAACAGCUCUAGUGCAGCUGUUUGAUCACAGACAUGCCAACCUAAGUGACGAUAUGUUUUGUAUUGGAGUGUCUCAGGUUCAUGUUGCAGUCAGAUGGCAAUAGCAUUGCAUAUGGAUGACUAAUACAGAACUGCCCUAAUAUACUUCUCUAGUUCAAUGUCCAUGUGUUUUCUUCUUUUUUUAAUGCCAGUGUGAUAUGUCAAAAUGCUACAGUAUUUUUGGACGUUUUGAAGGUACGCUUCCUUGAAUCUCAGGAGUUCGGGUAGUUUUGGUCAUCAGAUUAAAGUGAGUGGGAUGCAUGACUAAUUCAUGUUGAUUUUGAAUUCUCUAGCGCUUUCAUUAACUCUGCUCUUGUGUAUCUAACUGGAAAAAGCUUUAUUAGUGAUUGGCUAGAAUACUCUCAUUGUAUGAGAGUGAAAAUACAGGAGUAUGUUGUGCUGUCUAUAAUGAAAUAAAUUGUUUUCUUGCUCAUGCUGAAAUAAAGGUGAUUCAUUUGGA